GUGCAGGUUUUGGUGAUGUAAAGGUUCUGCCUAAGUACUGAGUGGGCAACAGAAUGAACAAUGGCGGUGUUCGUCGACUUUUCGAUGUAAUGCGAGCAACUAACCUCAAAACAUGUACAUGUACAUGUACAUAGCAGAUUCAGCGGAGGACGUUCAGGAAGGAGAAGGUACACAGUAUGGAAGUGAAUGCGCUCUCCGUCCAUCAGAUGACCAUGUGUUGCCACCACCAUCCGGGCCUGUGUCAUAUAAGCCACUGGAGACGUCAAAGGACACCAACUUAGUGUUCUUUGACCUGGAAUCGACAGGGUUCGGCGACUGUGCCGAGAUAGUUCAGCUUGCGGCCCAGUCUGGCAGCAACACCUUCAGCCAGUACGUUGUGCCGGAAAGACCCAUCCAUCCGAAAGCCACGGAGAAGAUCGGCCUGACUGUCACUGCGGUCAAUGGCCAGAGGAGGUUACAGCGCGUUGGAUCCAAAGAGCCUUUGCAAUCUGUCACCCUCCAUGAUGCCAUCACCACUUUCAUCCGUUGGUUGUAGGGGCUUGGCAGUCAAACUGUGUUGGUUGGUCACAAUUUACUCAAGUUUGAUUGCCGAGUCUUGUUCAACCAACUGGAGAGAUUAGGUAUGGUGCAAGACCUUCUCUCUGCGGUGGCUGGGUUCAUUGACACUUUGCCUGCCAUCAGGAAUGCGCAUCCAGGUUGUGUCUCCUACACUCAGGAGCAUCUGUUCAGACAGUUUGUUGGCACCCAGGGGUAUGAUGCACACAAUGCGAUUGGUGAUGUGAAUGCCUUGUCUGAGCUCUAUGACAAAUGCCUAGAUUCAGACAAGGCAUUCACACUCUGUGUUACAUCUCAAUCGUCAUUUGAUGUGCAUGCAUACAACCUCCGGUGCAAGAAAUUGGCUGAAGAGAUGAAAGCUUGCAUCCCCGUCAAGGCGCUGUCUAAUGGCAUGGCGAAGAAAAUUGCCAGCAGUGGGCUAAGCCUUGCGGAUUUGAGGGUUUCUUUCCGGAGAAACGGUGCAGCUGGUCUGAGAGCGCUACUUGCAGAGCCCGAUACGACUGGUCGGCCAAGGGUGACUAAGUCUGCACCGACUCUAGCAAAGCUGGCGGGGCACUUUGCUGAGACCGAAGCCAUCCGCCAGGCUACCAGUGCAACACAGUGUGAAGACAUCAGUGCUACGCCAAGUGCCACUGUCAGUGCCGCCCCAAGUUCCACCGUCACUGCUACGCCAAGUGCCACUGUCAGUGCCGCCACAAGUUUCACCGUCAGUGCUGUUGCCAGCGCUUUGCUGCCACCGGCCACUCUAGCAUUGUAUCGUCGCCGGAAAGCAGAAGGGUACGACUUGCCAGAUCCUGCUUAUAUGAAGUGGCUGAGAAGUGUACAAACCUAGAGUGUCCGGGGGACCAUGACGACAGCAUGGGCACGUACAGGUAAUGACAGCUACUACGUGUUUUCAAGCCUUUUACUAUGGCGAUACAUUGUGCCUACUGUGUAGGUAUUCCUUUCCGUAGAUCUACUCCAGAUAAUAUUUAUGGUUUCUUGAUUGCAAUGCCGCUGCGUUUGAUGAUUGGCUAAUACUCAUAUUUUUCUUAGUUAGCUCAGGUUCUUACUGCUGUGAACAAAGCCAUUGAAGUAUAAUAAUAAUAAUACUGAGUUGUGUAAACAAAUAUGUAAGAUAAAUGUUGGUCAUACGUGCGAUUUGAUUGGAAACGCACUCUGGAAUGCAUUGCGAUUCUUCAUUAUGAUACAAUUUCGACACUUUCAAGCUCUAUUUGAAGAGUUAGAUCCGGUUGAAUCCGCUCAAAAUUGUUCAACACUAUCCUAUUAUUUAGAAAAGCGAUC